UUUCUCAUGUUUCACAAGUUAUGAAUGAAUGACGCAUAAUCGAAGGUCACACCCCCUGGCAGCUGGUCAUGUGACCUCCAUCCUCUCUGAGGGUCUUUAAAGGGUCUGUGGUGCUCUGAGACACAGAAAGACAAACAGCCACAGACUCAGGAUGUCGGUGCUGCUCUACUGCUGCUUCCUCAGCCUCCUCCGUCUCUCUUCCGCUCUGGUUCAUGGAAACAUUCCGCUGGAGGACGACCCUGUCACAGGCCGACGCCCUGACUCCUCCUACCUGUCUGACAUCGAAAGGGGCCACACCCCCAUCCAGGACCCCGCCCUCCUGCGUGUGGACUCAGUGGAGGAUCACUUCCUGUUGGACGCAGGCUCCUACGAUGAGGACUCCGCUUCGCUGCAGCUUCAGGGUCGAGCCAUGCGCUCCCCACGCCGCUGCAUCCCUCAUCAGCAGUCGUGUCUGGGUUACCCGCUGCCCUGCUGCGACCCCUGCGACACCUGCUACUGCCGUUUCUUCAAUGCCAUCUGCUACUGUCGCAGAGUCGGCCACGCCUGCUCUCCUCCACGCACCUGACCUCCACGCAUCUGACCUCCAUGCAUCUGACCUCCAUGCACCUGACCUCUACGCAGAGCAGGAAACACCUGGACAUCAGUGCAUGUAAAACGUCUUCUUUGCGUAAUCAAUAAAUGAC